AAGAUUCAAACUCCGAAUCAUUUAGGAACGAAGCACCACUAAGCUUUGUGGCUUCCUAGUAGACCAGAAGUCUGAAUUUGAAGUGUGCUGCUGUUACUAUGUCGACAAUAAAGAGAGUUAUAUGGCCCCAAAUCAUUCUCUUAGGCGACUCAAUAACACAGUUUGCGUUUCAAGCGAACGGAUGGGGAUCCGAAAUCUCUCAUAAACUCGCCAGAAAAUGCGACGUAGUAAACAGAGGCUUGUCGGGUUACAACACAAGGUGGGCUAAGAUCGUGCUUCCUCGCAUCGUGCCCAUUUCUGAUGCUCCAGUUGCGGCUGUGACCGUCUUCUUCGGCGCUAAUGAUUGUGCAUUGGAAGAUAAGAACCCCGCGCAGCACGUGCCUCUCCAGGAGUUCACGGAGAAUUUAAAAGAUAUUCUCAAAUAUCUGCUGUCUAUAGGAGUGUCCAAAGACAAGAUCAUCUUCAUCACACCACCACCACUUCAAGAAACCGCCUGGGAGAAAGAGUGCUUGCUAAAAGGUUCAGCUUUGAAUCGGUUGAACUCUGUGGCUGGUCAGUAUGCGCAGGCCUGCGUUCAGGCUGCUGGACAGUCUGGUGUAGAUGUUCUAGAUCUCUGGACGCUCAUGCAGAAAGAUGGACAGGAUUUCUCAGUGUAUCUUUCAGAUGGACUUCAUCUCUCUGAUAAAGGCAAUCAGUUUGUGGCAGAGCAUUUAUGGACACUUCUUGAGAGGCGAGUGGCUGAUUUGCCCUUCAUCCUGCCUUACUGGGGGGAUGUGGACCCAAAAUGCCCUGAGAGCAGCCUACUGUGUGAUUAAAACAGGUCAAAUGAUGCACAGCGGGUAUAACACCAUCCAGUUCCUGUGGUUUACAUGUGGACAUUUUUAGAUAUGCUAAUCAUAAAUUGUGUAAGGACACAACUGUUCCUUGAACUGGAACCAGUCGUAUUUGAAAACGGGUUAUUUUGAGUGACUCAAAUAAAAUCACAGAUGUCACAGAUAA